GAAGCCGAUUCCCUUUUCCCUUCUUCUAAAGAAAACGUGCUUGAGAGAGCUAUUGUGCAGUGGCAACGUGCGGCUAAUCAGGAAUACCCACUAGCGAGAAUUAAACUAGGAGACUAUCAUUAUUAUGGAUGGGGAACUCCGGCUGACUACCAACAGGCUGCACAACAUUACAAGUUGGCAGUGGAACGUCAUGCUACUGCACAAGCCAUGUUCAACUUGGGACUUAUGCAUGAACAGGGACUGGGAAUUACUCGGGUUAGUUUUUUUAGUCACCUAUCAGUUUUACUGAAGCCUCAGAUUCGAAUAAGAUUUGACGUAUGA